AUGUCACACUCCUUCCAAGAUCUCUCCUUUAAUUUUCCAACUCCCACCAAUCUCUUCCAACUCUUCUCCAACCAUAUCAACUUGAAAUCCUACAAUCCAACACUAACUUUUCAAUCCUACCACACAAUUAAAUCAUUCAGAGCUUAUGCCAGAAUUGCACCAUCAAGGAGUAGCCCAUAUCCAUCCUAUCAUAUCGGAGUGUGUCCACAAUUUUCAUGGAUUAUUCUAUUGAUCAGCUUGCAGGGAAAAAUUACAAUUGCAUUUGUUGAUCUCAAAACCAACCUAUUAAUCAAGGUUGUGAGGUUGGGAAGUGGAAAUGUGCUUUGUGCUGCAUUUUCUCAAAUAGAUGAUUCAAGAAUUGGCACUGAUUUGUAUCUUUUUGAGUAUGAUUUCAAUUUAUACAAAUAUGAUCUGGAAAGUAUUUUCAAUUUCAAGCCAAAUACAAGUUUUUUCACAUUUGUUAAGAGUCCUCCUGAAACUCCUCAACCAAUUUGGAAAGUUUCAAGUCAUAUCAAUAAUAAUAGAGAAAUAUAUAAGGGAACGACUUUGAAUAUUGUGAAAAUGGAAGAGAAUUUCACACUCAUGUUGUGUGAUGGAUCUCAUUUUGCCUACUAUUCAAUAAUUGAUGGAAGUUUAAUUAAGAUUGACUCUAAUGAGAAAGAAAUGCAACUCAAUAUCAAAUCAAUUCAGGACGGAACAAUUUUAUCAGAAAAUGAUAGAAUAAUUUAUCUCAAUAACCAAAAUGAAUUGUGUUGGAUUGAAUUGAAAACUUUGAAAAUUACACACAAGGCAAAACUCGAUUUUGAACCAAAAUAUGGAACAUUAAUCAGAGUUGAUGAAUUUUCUAGACAAAUCAUUCUUUGUGAAGGAGUUGGACAUUUCAGUGUGGUCAAUUGGGAUGGAAAAUUGGUAAAAACAUUUCAAGUUCCACCAAAUAGUCAACCAAAGAACGAGCCUCUAAUGGGUUACCUUUCAAAGCAUUAUUAUUGUUCUCCAGUAAUUUAUCAAAAAAGUGGUGAACUAUUCUAUUGUCAUGAAUAUAUUCUUGCAAGAAUUAAAUGA